AAGCUAUGGCUUCAGAGAAGUGGACUGAAUGUCACAGUUCUUUAGAGGACGACUGUGAAUCCCAUCUUCCCUCUUCCCGGCUCUUAUCAAGGAAUCAUGGUUGCCAUAGACGCAGAGCUCCAAGCCUUUCCAUUGAUUCUGGAACCUUCUCUGUGGAGCCCUGCCAGGUGUUUGAAAGUAGUGAAGAUUUUAGAUCUGAUAGCAGGACUCUUUGUGACUGCGCUGACACGAAUUGCUUUACAGAAGAAGAACUCUUGAACAUUACUUUUGAAGCAUGUGACACUACUGGCAAAGGAGAGGUCCAGGCCUCCACGGUGGUGCAGUAUCUCCAGUCCAUGACCCUCCAAAAUUCCGGCCAGGAUAAGCUGAAAAACUUGCAGCGCAUGCUGGAUCCAGAGAACCGGAACGACCCUGUUAGUCGGGAUAGGUUUCAUGCCACCAUGAGGGAUUGGAUAGCCCAGUGCUGCCAAGAUGGGCUUCCUGAAGAUAAGAACCAGGUACCAGGUUCAGUCUUUAGAAAAUUAUCUCUAACUGGGACAGAGUAUCCUACUUCUUUAAAUGAAGCCACAUUCACAGAUGGAGCUGAAUGUCAUUGUGAGACUGGAGAUCUUUUAGGGCUAGUAGCUGAACUGAAACACAACCAGCAGAGGUUAAGUGAGCAGAACAGCAGUCUGUUAAGAACCGUUUCUCAGUGUGAAGACACAAUACUACAACUCAACCUGGAGGUUUCAGAGUUACACACCAAACUUGCCAGUGCUCAGUUGUUUGCGGUAAGAUCACGGGCUCUUUCUGAAGAACUCGAUGAAACCAGAAGUGCACUCCAGGAGAGCCAGGACAGAGCCACACGAGCACAAGCAAGCAACCGUGCAUUAAUAAAGGAAAGUGAUCGAUUAAAAGCCCUAAUUAAAAUAUCUGAAGAAAAGAAUGUAAAAAUAACAAUGGAGAGAAACCUGAGUGAGGAGCGAAUAAACAAACUGAAGAGAGAAAUCUCUGAUUUAAGGAGUGAACUGGAAGAAACGUAUAUGGUACUUGCUGUAAAAGACAGAGACCUUACUAAGAGAAACAUACUGCUGGAAAAGCUGAAGGACACUCACUUUGAAAGCCACAAACUUAUUGAGGGCUUACAGUCAGAACUGAUGAGGUUACAAGAGCACUCACAGCAAGCACUCUUCAGGUUAAAUAAAUCCCAUACCGGCUCUCCUGGUUCACAGAGGACAUGUGCAACAAACCAUCAGUCUCUGGAUUGUGAGAUUCAGGAAGCUCAACCGAAUGUGACUAUGGAGUUGAGUUCCUCACUCAGUCAGAUGUUGCCAAUCCAGAGAGAAGAUAUUCAAAACAUCAAGCCUGUUGAAUUAUCCCAUAUUCUCCAUAUGCAAUUCGCAGAGACUGAUGGUGGAGGUGGACACGGUGCAGCUGAAAUGUUAGAGAGACAACAACAACAACAUGGAAGUUCUAGAAAUCAGCUGAUGACAUUACUCAACGAGCUAGAUCUUCUCAAAGCUCCACGGACAGAGCAGGGAAAGAUGCUGACCAAGUCCAGACAUCAGACACAGGAGGCCCACAUAGCUGCAGCCAUCACCUGGUGUAGGGGUCAGGGCAAACAGUGCAAGAAAAGCCAGACUGGCAGAGAUCCUCAUGAAACUGUGAGAGUUGUGCAUCAGCAGACACCAAGCUUGGAGGUCGAUCAGAAGACAGCCCAUCUGGAAGAGAAGAAGUGUGGAGUGAGUGUGGUUCGGGAAACGAGGACCUUCAGAGACGCUCAGGUUCAGGCUGAGGAAACAUGGAAGAAAGAGUUUCGGGAUGUGGCUGUGCUCACUGAUUCGCUGGUAGAUGUUGGAGAGACGGAAGGUCUUCUGAAGGCCCUGAGAAGAGUUGAGGACAUGGUGACCCAGGCCUCUCAGGUGCUUAUGGACGGUGAGAAGAAAAUUAAGGAGAGGAUAGAGUCCAUCAUCCAGAGGAUGGAGAAGGCUCUAAACAUAGCUACAACCACUGAACACCAACUCGAUGCCCUGGAGGUCUCCAUUAACACACAGUUGUCGCUCUCUGAUGGGAGAUCAGUGGCUGUCGACCUCACCCCAGUGGACAUCACUUCUUUUUUUAAACAACAACCUGUCGCUCAAGAAAACCUUGCUUCCCUUCCGUCAGUUAAAGGUGGCUCUCUUCUGUACACGAGAGCAGAGGACCACAGCAACAAGGUCAGUGAAAACUCAGAUGAGUCUUCCUCAGGUCAGGAUCCCGGUUCACCAUCUGAUCUUUGGCUCAGCCGCAUCAGAAGCUCUGAGCUCGUGACCGUAGAUCUUUCACCUCAGACCUCUGCUUUGUCUUGUAUUGAGAGUGGGUCUUACGUCGAACACUCGCCCCAUCACACACAGGAGAAUGUAGCUGGGUCAGUGUUUACAUUCCUUUACUUCUUAAAGGACAAGGCUUUUGUGUGUUUAUGUAAAAUCCUCACACAAAGACCAUCUGACGGGAGGUCAGACCCAUCAGCAAGCAAUGAGAGCUUCCCAUCAACAUCAGAGGACAGUGAGAACACCUUAGCCACACAAGAGGAACCUUGUAGGAGCCAAAGCCUGAUAAAAGAGGACAGCAUAUGUUCAGAAACUGAGCAACCAAACGGCAAGGGACAAACAGAAAGUUGGACAUCCGAGUAUAGUGAUAGAAAAGAGGUCUUAAAACUUUUAAACCAAGGACGACCCUUCAAGUCUGAGAACGGUUGUGAUAACCAAACAUUUGAUUCAUCACGGUUGUGCCAAGCUGAGUUAGAGGAUACUGGGAAGUGUCAAGAGCGAAGCGAGGAGAUCCACGAGGAGUCAGAUUGCAGCGGGAGGAGUCAAGAAGAAUCUGAGGGCAGUGGAGAGAGUCAAGCAAGGACACAGAUCAGCGAGGAACCAAAAACAAGUGACUCAGAUACAUCAAAGUAUCAGGGUCUUCAAUCCUCUCAUCACUCUGACAGUCCAGGGGACCGAGUGAACAAUUCAACCGUAUGUCAAACCAAAUACGGACAAAGUGAACAGACUUUACUAAAGAGAGCUCACAGUGUCACAACAGAGGCUGUCAGCCCUUUUGUCUUCCCUCAUACACGCUCCCGGUCUCCUCUCACCCCUACCAUGCCCACCCUGCCUGAGGAAGAGGAAGACUCUCCAGAAGAGCUUGAUAGUGAAGCCAGCUCACCAUCCACAUAUGCACCAGUCGAAAGCAAGGUGGUAAAUGUGACCAUGAGUCCACCGGCCAUUGUACUUCCAACACAAGCCAGCAAACAGGAGCUGUGUGUUUUAGAGAAAGCAAGACCUCACAGUCCCAGACCUCGUCUCUCCCGAAACUCUGCCACCUCCGUUCCCAUCACCACAGUGGAUGAUGAGGGACAUGUGAUAGAUCUAGUGAAGGAUCAACUUCCUGAGCUCCAGUUAUCUGAAGAGGAACGUCGGAAGAAUCUGGAGCUUCUUGAGGAGGCCAAGAAAGUCAGUGAUCGAUUCCUUCAGCGCAGAGGCCGACGCUCUACCUCUAGUCUUACUGACUCUCCUACAGCUCUCUCGCCGAACCCAACGCCCUCGUCGUCCCCCAGACCAUCGAGAAGCAGCUCUCUCUCUGCACCCGUACAGCUAGGCGGUCCUGAGGUCAGCACUCCUCCUGCGAGUCCCUCCUUUACUCCGCACUUGGAGGUGCCAUCGUCACAUGACCGUGGGGACACAAGCAGAGGAGAGCAGGAGAGCUUCUCAAGAGUCGUGGAGUGGAAGCCCAGUGAAAAGCGAAAAGUGUCGUCUGGUGCGUUAAACCCACGACACGCCACCACCAUAAUGGUCAGAGAUCCUGCCGUGGCUCAGAAGGAAAACCCGGACCGUCACGGAUCAGCAGACAAAACGAAGAACUCCGAACAUGCUGGCCAGAAAAAAGAUGAGAUCUCUUGCCGUGGCGCCAAUCAACCUUUAGCCACAGGAGUCGCCAAACCCGUCCCCCGUCCACCCACUCAACAGGCCCCGUGCACGGCCGAAAUCAAAACGAUAGGAGCUUUCCCACCUCUGAUGAGAGCGGUCUCCUGGGACACGGUGGGCUCCGUCAACAUGAGGAAUGCUGCUCCCAAAGGGGAGGAAAAUCUCACUUCUGACAAAUCACUGUUUAAAUCCUCUGGGUACAAGGACUUCCCUGUGCCGCCCGGGAACGUUCAGAAACUCUCCAAAUUGCGUGAGGAGCACAAACUGAUACGUAUCCAGACUAUCUCUAGCUCAAAGCUUCCCGACCUGAAUGAAUCGACUGAGCAGAGCCGAGGUCCACCCUCUCCUCUGCCGAGCUCUCCCAGUGAAGACGAUGUUAAUGAGAAACAUGACGCGAUGCCCAACAUUUCAGACGUCAUGCUGCGCAAGCUCAAACUGCACAGAGGUUUACCUGGCUGUGCUCCUCCCCUCUCAGAGAAAGAAGUUGAGAAUGCUUUUGUGCAGCUGUCGCUGGCUUUUCGCAAUGACAACUACACACUGGAGUCUCGACUUAAACAGGCAGAGAGAGAGCGCAACCUGACGGAGGAAAACACUGAGAAGGAACUGGAAGAGUUUAAAUGUGCCAUCAAGAGCACCGUGUCACUGUGGCAGAACGCAGAACAGAGAGAAUUUUACCAGCAACUUAUAGAAACCAUUUCUGUAUUUCAUCGACUGACCAACCGCCUCUCCAGCAGGGCCGAGAUGGUCGGGGCCGUACGGCAGGAGAAGAGAAUGAACAAGGCCACAGAGGUGAUGAUGCAAUAUGUGGAGAAUCUGAAAAGGACUUAUGAGAAGGACCACGCUGAGCUGAUGGAGUUUAAAAAACUGGCCAACCAAAACUCCAACCGCUGCUACAGCGGCUCAGUAGACACUGGAGAUGAUGGUGUUCAACGUCCCUCCAGAUUCAUAUCACCACAACUUGGGAAGGCCUUGCCCAGACGAAGAGUCAGUGUGGCUGUAGUUCCUAAGUUUAAUCUACUGAAUGUCCCCGGACAGACCUCGGCUGUGUCCAGUGCUCUUCCUGUGCUGUGUGAGGCCAACACCAUUAGAAACUGUAAUUCAUCAGACUCCACCCAUCAAGAUGUGCAUGAGAGGAACAAUGGAAACCGUGUGCCAGAACAGGAAGGUGAAGCCAUGCCAAGCAGAGUUCAUUGCAAUCCAGAGAAAAUUACAGAUGAGAUCAAAGCCAAGCUUGAAGAAGAAGCUUAUAACAAAGGGUACCAAGAAGGACUUAAAAGGAGUAAAGAACUUAAGGAGGAUGAGGAGAAAGCUGAGGAGAAGCAGCUGGAGUCUGAGGAAGAGAUAAGAGGAGGUGCCGAUGAAAACAAAAAGCCUAACAGCAGGUACGAGGAGGCACUGGAAUUCAUGGACCGGAUUUUUCCAAAGGUCUUCAGACGAAACCGUUUGCUUUGGAUAGUCAUCACUGUAUUCUUAGUUUUAUUCCUGUUUGUCAAUAUCAUGAACUUCUUCAGUCACCGCUACAGCGAUAGUGGAGACACGUCUGCAGAGAAGUCGGCCAUCCCAGGGAAGAAAAAGUUUUUUGGACUGAAUGUAGGGUCCAAGAGCCCCGCCCCAGAAUGAAACCAUUCGUGAACGGACACCUGCUUAUCCUUUACCCCGUAUCAUCUGUGAGUCUAUGACACUGCAAAUAACAGAUUUAUUUGUUAUCAUUUAGGGACCAGGCGUGCUCGGAUAACAGAUCAGAUUUGCAUUGAAAUGUUGGGAUUUUGUUGUUAUCGGACAGAGAUGUUUUAUGAGACUAAUGUCACGUUUGACAUAUAUAUGAUACCACUCGAACCUUAUUAUUGAAAAUUCUCAGGUUUUGUGAAAUAGAUAUAUUAAGUACAAUAUUUAAAAACUUUAAUGUUUGAUACAGGAUGUUUUGCAAUUGUUUGUUGUUAUUUGAAUUGACAUUCCAAGCUAGAUCCUGAAGUGCAAUAGUUGACUGUUGUGUGUGUACAGAGCACUGAUUUUAAUAGUAGAGUUUUUCACAGUUUUAAAGAGCACUUUUAAAUAGCACGAAAGUUAAAAUUUCAUAUUUGCACAUGUGUGCUUGUGUUUUUGUUGUGCCACUUCACCUUGAAAUAAAGGUGUUUUACAAACAGA